AUGCCACCCGCAAAGAAGAGAAAGACGGCCGCCGCCGCCAAGGCAGAAAAGGCUCUCGACGCCGACGUCCCGACCAAACAGUCCACCACCAACACCACAGACUCCACCGAAGACGAACCCUCACAAGAAGACGUGGCGCCGGCCGAAGCAACCACACAAGCCGGCCCCUCGGCUGCGGCACCACCACCACCACCACCACCCACAGCAGAGGCCGCGGCAGAAUCAGACACGCCGGCAGCGACCCCGAUCAACCCCGCCUCGAAGGCCGCCGACCGCAUGGCGCGGUUCAAGGCGCUACAAGCCCGCGCCAAGUCGUCCUCGGACUCGAACCUAAAGGAGGCGACGCUCGAGUCGCAGCGCCUCGCCGCCGACCCGUCGCAGCUGACGGCCAUCCACCGGCGCCAGGCCAUCGCCUCGCACAAGCUCCUGCGCGCCGACGUCGAGGACGCGGGCGGCGACUUUGAGCGCAAGCGCGCCUGGGACUGGACGAUCGACGAGUCGGAAAAGUGGGACAAGCGCGUCAAGAAGAAGGACGCGGCGCGCGAACAACAACGCCUUCUUCCGACUACCGCGCCGCCAGCAACAAGGUCUACAAGCGCCAGGUCAAGAACAUGGCGCCCGACCUCGACCGUACCACCGGCCGAAGAUUUCGGGGACAGCUUCGGAGCGGGGGGACCAUGA